CUCUACUCUUUCCUGUGGCUAACUUGACAGUGUUUGAACAAGAUGGCGUCGAGCAGAAACGUCUGUUAGCAGAGUGUCUUUGUUGUGUUUUUAAAGUGUGAAGAUGUGUAAAGUCCAAAUGCUGAGAGCGUUGGUGAAGCAGCGACUAACUGCGGCUGCUGAAGAGAUAUUUGGGCUGUUUGAAAGAACGAUAGCAGAGUACGAGGAGCAACUUUGUCGCUCAAAAGAGGAGAACGAGCGACAACGGAAACUACUGGACGCUGUUUACAACCCUCAGCUCAGGUUACACAGAGCAGAGGUCCAGCAGCAGCUGUUGGUGGUUAAAGAAGAGGUUCCCCCUGAGCAGCAGGAGUGGAGCUCCAGUGUGGACCAGGAGGACCCAGAGCCCCCACACAUUAAAGAGGAAGAGGAGGAACUGUGGAGCAGUCAGGAGGGAGAGCAGCUUCAAGGGCUGGAGGAGGCUGAUAUCACCAAGUUCACAUUCACUCCUGUCCCUGUGAAGAGUGAAGAUGAUGAAGAGAAACCUCAGUCUGAGGGACACCACUGUGGAGGACCAGGACCAGGACCAGACUUGGAACCAGAUACUGAGAACGAGAAGCCUGAUGAUUCUUUAGUCGCUGAGAUUGAGAGGUCCAGCAGCAGCUGUUGGUGGUUAAAGAAGAGGUUCCCCCUGAGCAGCAGGAGUGGAGCUCCAGUGUGGACCAGGAGGACCCAGAGCCCCCACACAUUAAAGAGGAAGAGGAGGAACUGUGGAGCAGUCAGGAGGGAGAGCAGCUUCAAGGGCUGGAGGAGGCUGAUAUCACCAAGUUCACAUUCACUCCUGUCCCUGUGAAGAGUGAAGAUGAUGAAGAGAAACCUCAGUCUGAGGGACACCACUAUGGAGGACCAGGACCAGACAGGAACUCAGGUCCAGACUUAGAACCAGAUACUGAGGACAAGAAGCCAGAUGAUUCUUUAGUUGCUGAG